AUCGCCUGACGCAACACCUUCGGGAGCCGUCGGUGUGAGGAAACACCGCCGCGGAAACCAGCGGCGAGGUCGCCGGCUCGACCGGAAAAAGUUGGGGGGCGUGCGACUGCCGGAGGAGCAUGGGAGGCGGAGCGACGAGCGACGAGUUCUCCCCCGGGAUCCAGACGCCCGGGAGCAAAUGAGUAGCGGCGGAUUUCCCAGCUUGCUCCAGGGCCGGCGUUUCUUCUGCCGGGAAUGGGCCCUGGAGAAGCUGCGGCGCUGCCUGGACACCCGGUCCAUACCGGGGCAGCCGCCGGGGCUGCUGGUGACGGGGGGCCCCGGCGCCGGGAAGACGGCCCUGUGCACCGAGGUGGUGCGGCCCACCUCCGAGGCGGGGCUGGCGGCCGGGCUGGCGCCGCGAUGCCUGGCCUCCCACUUCUGCCAGCGGGAGGACCAGAGGAGCACGUCCCGCUGGAGGUUCGUCCUGGGCCUGGUGGAGCAGCUCCGGGCCUCGGCGCUCCUCUCUCCUGGGUACCAGGAGAUCCUCGACAGCCCGUCGGUGUCCUCUUGCCUGGAGCCCGUCGCCUGUCAAAGAGACCCCGACAACACCUUCAAGAGAGCAGUGUUGGGUCCCCUGUUGGACCUCCCCCCGCCUCCCCGGACUCUGAUGGUGUUGGUGGACUCCCUGGACAUCGGGGAAGGGGCGGACGAUGGCGGCGGGAGGGCCGGCUCCAUCGCGCAGCUCCUGGCCGCCAAUCAGCAGCUUCUGCCCGGCUGGCUGCUGCUGGUCUGCUCCGUCCGCCGCCACAACAAGGCCGUGUGCAAGAUGUUCUCAGGUUUUCGUCGGAUCUCUCUGGACGAUCUGCGCAAACCCCCGCCGGUCCGCGACGUGCAGCAGUACAUCCUCUGUCGGCUGGAUGAAGACACCGCCCUUCGCCGCCAGCUCACCCCCGACACGGCCGACAUGCUGAAUCUGCUGCACAUCAAGAGCGGCGGCUGCUUCCUCUUCCUGGAGCGCGUGCUGGAUGGCGUGGCGGGUGCACUGGUGGGUCUCCGAGAGAUCCGUGACAUCCCCGGGACUCUGAACGGUCUCUACCUGUGGUUGUGCCAGAGGCUGUUCCCCCGGGGCCUCUUUGUCCUCGUCAGGCCGCUCCUCGACGCCCUCUUGGCCGCCGCGAGGCCCCUCACGCCUCGGCAGCUCUUCGCGGCGACGUGGACACGCGACACCUCGCUCGACCCCCGGGACUUCCAGAACACGCUCCGAACCCUCUCGCCUCUCCUGAUCGACGGCCCCGGGGGAACCAAACUCCUUUUUCACGCCAGUUUUGCCGAAUGGCUGACGGACGUUAAAUAUUGCACACAGAAGUACCUGUGUAGCAGAAAAGAGGGUCACAGCAUGCUUGCCAUGGCUCUGACUUUGCAGGGACCCCACCUGGACAUUGAGGACACUUGCCAGCUCGCCACAUAUUUAGUUUUAUCAGGUCACCAUGAAGCGAACCCAUCCUUAUUGGCACUGUGGAUGCUGUGGGCAGGCGUGCCUCCUCUUCCGCCUGGUGGCAGUAAUGUCCUCAACCCAUCCAUAACCCAGCCUCCUGUUCUCGUCAGUCAGGAAGUCCUUCAGCUGUUGAUGAGUAGUGGGCUCAUCUCUGCAGCCUGUCUUUCAGAUGCAGACCCAAGUGUUGGGGUGCAUUGUGCCGGUGAAGCGGGAAGUAGUUUGAGACGGGCCUUUGAACGGGACGCGUGCGUAAAGAAGCGUCUCAGCUGUGGGGCGAACCAGACGACGGACGGACAGACUUUGCUCGCCGCCGCGGCCCACGAGGGUUCGGCAAAUGUCGUCAAACUCCUCCUGGCGCGCGGCGCCGACCCACUGGUCAGCGAUCCACAGGGUCAAACGCCCCUCACGCUGGCGUCCAGGCAGGCGCACGUCAAAGUGUUGUCCGCGCUCCUGGAUUGGACCGAGAGCCGGGGGCCCGAAGCCGCCGCGCGGAUGACGGAGCACGUCGACGGCGAAGGCUGGACGGCGCUGCGCUCCGCGGCCUGGGGAGGACACGGCGAGGCCGUCCGCCUCCUGCUGGACGCCGGAGCCAACGUGGACGGAUGCGACGCGGAGGGCCGCACCGCUCUCAGGGCCGCCGCGUGGGGCGGCCACGAGGAAAUCGUCCUGACCCUGCUGGACUACGGGGCGCAGGUGGACAAGGCCGACAGCAUGGGCCGCACGCCCAUCAUCGCCGCUGCGUAUAUGGGACACCGUGAAGCCGUGGAGAUAUUGCUGGACCGCAGGGCAGAGGUUAACUUAGCGGACGGAGACGGGCGCACCGCCCUGUCGGUCGCCGCCCUCUGCGUUCCGACGGCGGCCGGGGUCAAAGGUUACGGCGAGGUGGCGGCUCUGUUACUGGAGCGCGGAGCAGAUCCGGGACACCGAGACCACGACGGAAUGACGCCGUUGCUUCUCGCGGCCUACGAGGGCCACGACGACAUCGCGGAGCUUCUGCUGGAAGCCGGCGCCGACGUGGAGGAGACGGUCGGCCCCGGCGGUCACGUCCCGGCGGCGGCGGCGGCGGUCACCCCCCUGCUGGCGGCCGCGGCAAUGGGCCACAUGAAGACCGUGUCGCGGCUGCUUUUCUGGGGAGCGGCCGUGGACGCCAUCGACUGCGAGGGCAGAACGGCGCUCUGCCUGGCGGCGGCGAGAGGCGGCGUCCAGGUGGUCCGCUCCCUGCUGGAGCGAGGCCUGGACGAGAACCACAAGGACGACCUCGGCUGGACGCCGCUCCACGCCGCGGCCUGCGAAGGCCACCGGGCCGCGUGCGCCGCUUUGACGGAGCAAGGCAGCAUGGCGCGUGUCGGAGAGAUGGACAUCGAAGGACGCACCCCUCUCAUCCUGGCCGCCCAGGAAGGUCACUGGAGCACCGUCAAGCAGUUGUUGGACAGACGCUCUCCCAUUGACCACAGGGCGUACGAUGGACACUCUGCCUUGAGCGGCGCCCUUCUGGAGGGCCACGCCGAUGUCGCCGAGCUGCUCAUGAGGCGAGGGGCCGACACUGACGUCCGGGACGCAGAGGGGAGGCCUCUGCUCUACCUCCUGGUGUUGGAGGAUCGCCUCGAUAAGGCUACUCUGCUCAUCGGAAAAGGAGGGGUGCCCCUGGAGUCCCGGGACUCCGAGGGCCGCACGGCACUUCACGUGGCUUCCUGGCAGGGAUGCGUUGAGAUGGUCGACCUGUUGCUGAAGCAUGGGGCAAACCCCAACGCGCAGGACACAGAGGGUAGACCACCAAUCCAUUCGGUGGCUUGGACCGGACAUGCUGAAGUCGGACACCGCCUCCUUAAGAACAGGGCUGUCGUCAUUGACCUUCCUUGUCACCAGCGGGCGACUGCUCUCAGCAUCGCCGCCCAGGAGGGACACGCAAAUGUGGUUGCAAUGCUUCUGGAAAGAGGUGCGAAUCCCAACCACGUGGAUAAAUAUGGCCGGAGUCCGGUCAAAGUGGCUGGCAAACACAGGCACUUUGACAUCGUCCGACUCUUGGAGCGCUACGGAGCCACGCCAUACGUCGGCCCUACCUCUAGUACCGUCUCCCCUUCGAAACCCAACAAGAUCCUCUCCUCGGGCAUCUUCGAGAGCAAUGGCGGCGAAGCGACAGCCGCGUCCUCUUCCUUCUCUUCUCCCGGCUCCACCGCCGGUCGGUUCCACUCCGCGCAGAGCUCCCAAACCUCGUCCACCUGCCACUCGCUGGCUACGGUGCAGACGGUGCCGGCCGACACCCUCAGCUUCAUUCAGCAAAUCCAGCAGCACUCCCUGCCCCGCAGUCGUCACUCCACCCUCCUCCCGCCGGGGAGCCUCCACGGAAGCAGCCAGAGGCGUCACAAAGGCAGCCCUCCUUCCACCGCGUGCACCGCCGGCGCCAAGGCGCAGAAAGGCUCGCCGUCGGGACUUAAAUACCACGACAAAAUGAGCAGGCAAAACUCGAACUUAAUUCAAGCCGACAGGACUACUUGCGCUGGGGGCAAAUGGAACUCGGUCAUGGCUUCCCUUGGGAUAAUGCCGGGGCAAGACGGCCCUGCAGCAGGGGCUAAGAACAGAGAGAGUCCUCCUCUGGGCUACCCAUACAGACUACAGAGCCCACUUCAAGGGGACGCUUGGGAUUACGUCCCCCAGAAGAACAUGUUGUCACCUGCAUGCUACGGUUUUAGCCCAGUCCCACCUUGCAGUGCCUUGCCGGAGGAUGGUGUAAUCGGUAUGACGUCCACAGACCCGCAACUGAAUCUGAAACAGGCCAUCAAACUGCAAUUUGAAGGGCCCACCAGCGCAGCCUUGUACAAGAGAGAGACGCCCCUGUAACUGGUGUCCCAAGUAUGUGAAGUUAGCGCUUGUUCAGUUGGAGUAUGUGGGUUAGCGCUGAAACAAAUAGUUGAUCCUCAGUAAAUUAAGUAAUUUAAAUUAUCGAGCACACUGCCAAAUAUUCUGUGGUUGCAGCAUUUCAAACGUGAGGAUUUUACAGCUUUUCUUUGUUUAAAAAAAAUGUUAUUCUACAUCCACGUCAAUUGGGGUUUAGUCAUAGUUCUUUUUAAAAAGAUGUAUAUACAGAAUGCCGAGCGAUGUGGGUGUUUUCAGGUCAUGUUGUGGUACCAAAACAAAAAUAGACUGGUUGUGCAGAAAUGUUUAAUUGUAAUGACAACAUCGUUUGUUUUGGGUGGAGUUUCAAAGACGAUAACUGUCUGGGUUCAGAGGAGAGAGGAAGUGCUCGCUCGCUCUCUCUCUCUCUCUCUCUCUCUCUCUCUCUCUCUCUACCCCCUUCAGAUAAUCAGAGGAACAACAAACUGAAUGAUACUCACAUUCCGGCCUUUCCGUUCCCGGUCUGUGUGUCGAGGAGGCCUCUCAGACAAGAUCUUACUUAUUCAUUUAAAGUGUAAAGCACAACGUUGUUCGUUUUAUAAUAGAAGUUAUUUAGCAGUUUGGGUUUUUCGUCUUUAAUUUAAUUUUUUCAGAUUUUUAAAGAUCUCCUUUUUGUUUUUAAGCAGUUAACAACUCAGCGUGAGAGCUUUCGGCCCGCGCCUUGAUCUUUACAGAAGCCUUUGAUAUUGACUAUAAACUGGCCGACACCUCCCAUCGGCCCGCUGAUGACGACCAGAAACAGUUUGCAGCACCGCCAACCCACCGAAGCCCGACCCAGUGUGGGGCUCAUGAUACAAACCAGAAAAGACAGCCAAGUGUACGCAACCAACUUGUGUGUGUGUGUGUGUGUGUGGGGGCAGGAAGGAGAGUGAAAAUUGGACCGUAGAACCUGGGGGUGGUUUGUGAGGUUUGUUAAUUUCAACCUUGAACGUUACUCACGGAACAAUUUCUAGUUCUGUAUCAUUUUUGCAUUGGAUUGAUAUUUAAUUCAUUCAUUAAAGUGGCAAACAGUGCCAUUAAAAACC